CAGCACCCUGCCCAGCAAUGAAUCCAGACAAUGUAUUAACAGGAGGCUUGUCAGAAGCCAGACCUGCCACACCAGAAAUUCAGGAGGUUGCUGACAAGGUCAGACCACUGCUUGAAGAGAAAACCAAUGAGAAAUAUGAAAAAUUCAAAGCUGUUGAGUAUAAAUCUCAAGUCGUCGCUGGACAAAAUUUGUUCAUUAAGAUGGAUGUAGGGCAUGGUUGUUUCCUUCACAUAAAAGUCUUCAGAGGCCUUUCUGGAGAAGAUGAUUUGAAACUUCAGGGUUAUCAGACUAAUAAAACCAAGGAUGAUGAGCUGACCUACAUCAUCUAAAGCAAAUUCUAAAGUGCAAAUUCUAAGCAGCAAAUUCUAAAGUGACCUGAUUCCUCUCAUUGUAAAGAGAUGCAGCCAUCAAUAAAGAAACAUUCUUGAAAUAACUGUUUUCCUCCCUCAUUGCUCAGUAUUGUGUUGACCUUUACUUCCCAGACAAUUAUUAUUAAAUAUGGAAUGUGUCAUGAA